AUGUCUUUAAGCAUGUACAACCCAAGCAACAAUGGCCUCGAGCACCACAAGUUGAAUGAGAAUGGAGAAGAGUUGCGAUACCAGCAACAACAAUUACAACAGCCACUUCAAUCACUUCAGCAACACCAACAACAACCACAAUAUAACAACCAACAACUACCACAACAACUACCACAACAACUACCACAACAACUAUCACAACAACAACAACAGCAGCAAUUACCAUUUAGCUACCAGCAACUAAACCAAUUGAGUCAGAUGAACCCCGCAAUUCAAUUCCAGGAAUUCCAAAGACUCCAUCCGCUCUUACCCUCGCCACUCUCACAACAAAUCCCACCACAUAUGCAACAACAACAACAACAACAACAACAACCACAACUACUAAACAUUCCAGAAAACUCAUCGAGUAUCCCAAUCCUUCGGUCGUCACCAGAUGCUGGUAACACAAAGAACAAUAACAAUAACAACAAUAACAACAAUAACAUCUCGCCAUUCACCAGCUACACUCCAAUGCGAAAAUCCAAAAGCGGAACAGACUUCUUAAACAUUGAUAAAGAAUGCCAGUUUUGCCAAAAACUGUUUAGCCACAAGGGAUCCUUGAUUAGACAUUUGGACAAAAAGAAAGGCGACCCUCUACACCCACCAGACCAAAUCAGCGCACUACGCUCAAGCCAGCUUCGACGAAGAAGUGUAGACAAUGUCGGCCAAUUGAGUAGCACCGGCAUGGAACUAUCAAACUCAAUGAACAAAACCAUUCGCAAAAGAAGAGUAUCAAAGAAAAGCAUGGCAAGAUCCCAAAUGUCGAGCGACUCGGCUAGUGGGCAAAAGGAAAAAAGUAAGCUAAGAAGAAAAUUACGCGACCGCCGCAUCAAGGCAAAAAUCUUAACCAAUGAAUGGUUCCUUGAACAAUUUACAAAACAAACAAUGCCCGAUGCAAGACAAAACGUUAAUGCAGCCACUUUCUGCCACUUUGUAGCUUUCUACCUUCCUUUGAAAAACUGGCCAUCCUUGGCCUCGAGCCAACCCAAUGCUCUCUCGUUUGAACAGGUCUUGACGCAACUCCAGCGGAGAUCUCACGACAAUUUGUUUUCCACCCUCGAACAAAGCUUUCAGCUUUACCAACAAUUGAAUGUAUCACAACAAAGAAAAGCAUGGCUAACUGAAAUCCAGCAAUGUCUACUCUCGUCAAUUAGCGAGUUUUCCUUGUGCGAUUUAAACAGCGUCAAGUCAAUCAUUGAUAAGAAGGAGCAAAGUAUAUUUGAGAAUAUUUGCAUGAAUGACAAUUUAUCAGCAUACGUGGAUUUGGACGAUAAUCCUACUGUCGAGGAAGAAGAAGAGGAAGAAGAAGGAGAAGGAGAAAGAGAAGGAGAAGAAGGUGGUGCUGGUAGUGGUAGUGGUAGUGGUAGUGGAGGAGGAGGAGGAUUAGUGCGAGAUGACGAUGAAGAAAAUGUGGUUGAAGGUGACGGCAGACGAGGAAGAGGAAGAAGAGAAGGUGAAGGAGAGGUGAAGAGCGAGGAUGAUGUUGGAAACACUUCUUCGUUUACCUCAUUAACUACUUCUUCCAAUGCCCCUCUUUCAUCUUCGGUUACUUCGCAGAUGGGCAACCUGCUGCAGAGCAUUAAUCUGUUCCACCAGCAACAGCAACAGCAACAGCAACAGCAACAGCAACCACAACAAACCUCAUAUAUUACACUGUUACCUACUAUAAACCACCCCAAUUUCAAUGAUUUCAAUUCUUCGCAUUUUUAUCAAUAG